CUCUCCCCCAAUCGCCGCCUUGCCUCCGGGGCUAUAAAAGGAGCGGCCGGCCGGGGUUUCCUUCCUCAGUCCGCCGCAGCGGCGAGUGGCUUGUUCGUAGGUGAGGAGAGGAAUUGAGAAAGAGAGAGAGAGAAAAAGAGGUCGAGCUGCGGUAAACAAUAAAGACGACGACGACGCCGUGGUGCCUGCUAACUCGAGCCUGGCUGCUGGGCCUUGGCUAAGCCAGUCAUCGUCUGCGAGCGAGAGUGCUGGUCCCUGGCCCGGGUGUCGAGUCCUGCUCGGCCCGGCCGCCUUCAGCCCAGACUUAUCCCGCGCCUGCCCUGCGGCGCUCCCCCCCCCCCCCGCCAAGGCCCGCGGCCGCCCAGCCCGGCGACGCCAUGAGCUCGGGGACGCCGUACAUCGGGAGCAAGAUCAGCCUCAUCUCCAAGGCGCAGAUCCGCUACGAGGGCAUCCUCUACACCAUCGACACCGACAACUCCACCGUCGCCUUGGCCAAGGUGCGCUCCUUUGGAACUGAAGAUCGUCCCACAGACCGUCCUGCCCCUCCAAGGGAAGAAGUUUAUGAAUAUAUCAUCUUUCGAGGUAGUGAUAUUAAAGAUAUCACUGUAUGUGAGCCUCCAAAAGCGCAGCAUAAUCUCCCCCAGGAUCCUGCUAUUGUCCAGUCUUCUCUGAGCUCUGCCUCGGCACCCUCCUUUCAGCCACACGUGCCUUACAGUCCCUUCCGAGGUAUGCCGCCCUACAGCCAGCUUGCUGCCAGCUCUUUAAUUAGUCAGCAGUAUGCAGCUUCCCUUGGUUUAGAGAAACUGGUAAGCCCUCCAGCAUCAGCAGCUGCUUCCAGUCCUAGCACUUCCUCGUCUCCUCAGCCAGUUUCAGAGCCUGACUUGUCAUCAGAGCCACACCUGCUGUCUUCUAAGGGAGCUGCUUUCCCACCAGUUCAUUCAGUGCGCAAAAGUCCCAUGGUGGAGCAGGCUGUUCAGACGGGCCCCAUUGAAAACCUGAAUCCCAAAAAAGCUCCUCCAAUCAAAGUCAUUCCGGCGGUACAGCGGAACAUGCGCCAGAUUCCACAAAGUAACAAGACAAGUGAUACAGUUGAGCCAGCACCUGUUCAAAUGCAAGGGCAAGUGAAUGAUGAGAAUAGAAGGCCUCAGAGGAGGAGAUCAGGAAAUAGGAGAACCAGGAAUCGCUCCCGAGGGCAGAAUCGACCCACUACCGUGAAAGAGAAUACAAUAAAGUUUGAGGGUGACUUUGACUUUGAAACUGCAAAUGCGCAGUUCAACCGAGAAGAGCUGGAUAAAGAAUUCAAGAAGAAGCUCAACUUUAAAGAUGAGAAAGUUGAGGCAGGAGAAGAAAAGGGGGAGCCUGCUGUGGCUGCUGAGAAUUGCGAUGGCAAUGCAGAUGAAGAACUCCUAGGGCCCAACUGCUACUAUGACAAAUCCAAGUCUUUCUUUGACAACAUCUCAUCAGAACUGAAACAAAGUUCAAGGCGUACAACGUGGGCCGAAGAACGGAAGCUGAACACAGAGACGUUUGGUGUGUCUGGGCGAUUUCUCCGUGGCCGCAGCUUUCGUGGGGGAUUUCGUGGCGGAAGGGGGUCUGGAGCUGUGCGGCGAAGUCAGGCUCCUCCCAGAGUGGGCACUGGAAGAGUGUGAACCUUGCAGGUUCUCAAGCGUGUUCUGUUACGAUGUGUACAUAGGAAGGAGGUAACAAGCAGACCUGUUGCACUUAAAACAUGGGUGAAUGGAGUGAUAUGUCCACGAGCUUAUACUCUUGACGGCACUGCUGCUUCUGUGUCAAAGCAGGAUUGGCACACUGGAGCAACUUGGACACCUUUACCAGGAGUCUCUUCUUUUUCCCCCUUUAAGGUAGCACAAGGAACUUGUGCUGCUUCUAGGUUCCAAAGGCUGCUAUAGCUGAACACACAGAACACCUAAUCUGUUCCCUGAAGGAGAUGACACAAUUCUAAUUUCUUCAAAAAGCGAACCAAAGCUUGUUUGAAACCAGCAACUUCUUAAUCUGUGGAACAAAGAUUCUGCUGGUCUCCUUCCUUCUGUUUUUUUUCUUUUUGUCUCUACACCAUUCACCCUCCAGGUUGGAACAAAUCAUUUUGAUGUCUAGAAACGAGUUGUAGUGCAACAAGUUGUAUGUAAUGCGGUGAUGGGAAUUGUCGCUGAUCAUGUAUCUGUAAUUCUGGGUUCACCACGUAAAUGUAUAGUUUCUAUGGGGAACUGUACAACAAAUUUUCUUGAGGUGCUGGUCACCCCUCCUGUAGGAAUGCUAAGCAACUAAGCUGGCCAAUGGCAAGUGCCGUUCUUCAGCCCCCUCACGAUAUUAGCCUCCUCCUCCCAUGCUGCAGUGAAGCGUUCUCCAUGUGAGGAAGGCUACAGAUUAUGGGAUACCCAUGCAGCAACUCUUAAAGGAGAUUUGAGAUUUUACCCCUCCCCUACUUAAAGGGAAAAAAAAGUUUAAGCUUUUAGUUACUAGUCCUUUUCUUGGAGAAAGAGCAAUACAUGCUUUGUAUUCUUGGAACACGAGUAGGACUUUGAAUCCUCAAAAUGGGGGAGGGGAACCUAAAUGGAACUUAGGAAACCAGCAUGUUCCAAGUCCUUCAACCAAUUCCCCCUUUCCCAAACUCUGUAAAUAGUUUGUCUUUUUUUGUUUUUAAAAAGAUUUUUUUGGGGGGGUUGAAAGGUGGGUAAGGAGGGAUUAUAAACUCUUGCAUGAAAGUGGGUUAAGCCUGUAGUAAUAGGCAUGUGUCCCUUUUUGUUAGCUAUCGGAAUGUUUUGUUAAAAUGCCUCUUUUGGGUGCCAUUUAUUCUCUCCCACCCUGUUUCAUGGCUAGCUUUUUCAGUUCCUCCCUAGGUCAUGCAUUCACUUACGUUGUUAUAAAAGCUUGGGUUUAUUUUGUAGGCCUUUAUCAUGGGCUGCUUUAUGGAGUCAUGUAAAUUGUAAUUACAAAUAAACAUGUAAAUGUUUAA